UCAAUUCAAUCAUAUGAUGUUGUCCCUCAAUUUUCUUAUAUUGUUUGACUAUAUAUGAAAACCAUAUUAACUAGUACAUAUAUAUAUAGCUGUCUCAGUUGGGCAAGUUCGAGAUCAACCAUAUAAUUUGUAUUUGCAGUCUUGCAGAUCUAUCCUCCUCCAAAAUGGAUCCUUCUUUAUCACUAGUUGCGGUGAAGAAGGAGGAAACGGAAUGUAGUUUGACAUUGCCAAUGUCAAUGCCAAUGGAGAGACUUCAUGAAACGGUUCCUCCUCCUCCUCCUCCUCGAUUCCUAACAAAAACAUACGAAAUGGUGGACGAUUCGAGCACCAACCACGUGAUCUCUUGGAGCAGAGGUAACAACAGUUUUGUUGUCUGGGAUCCACAUGCAUUUGCCAUCACUCUACUUCCUAACUACUUCAAGCACAACAAUUUCUCUAGCUUUGUUAGGCAACUCAACACCUAUGGGUUCAGAAAGGUCGAUCCAGAUAGGUGGGAGUUUGCAAACGAAGUAUUCUUGAGAGGGCAAAAGCAUCUUCUCAACAACAUUAGGAGGAGGAGGAGAAAGGCGCCACCACCUCCACCAUCAUUAUCAUCAUCAUCAUCAUCUCAUUCUCAUCAAGCCACUACUUCUCACAUUGAUCCUUUGGUUGAGGUCGUCGGACGGUUCGGAUUAGAUGCAGAAAUUGAUGGUCUGAGGCGCGAUAAGGAGACCCUAAUGGAAGAAUUGGUAAAUCUGAGACAGCAACACCAUAACACAAGAGCUUAUAUUGAUGCAAUGGAGGAAAGACUGAAUGGGACGGAAACAAAGCAUAGACAGAUGAUGGGUUUCUUGUCUAGAGCACUGCGGAAUCCAUGUUUUGUGCAGCAGUUGCUCAAACAGGAUAGAAGAAAAGAACUUGAGGAGGCAGUUUUGAAUAAGAAGAGAAGAAGAAAGAGAAUCGAUCAAGGUCUUGGAGAAGUUGCUGAAUUAGGAGGGCAAGAACAUGUUGAUGGGAUUGAACAACUUGUAGAGGAGAUUGAGGGGCAAAUUGGGCUUUUGGAGAACUUGGAGGAAGAAUAUGAUGUGGAGGGCGGAGGAGGAAGAGGAGUUUUGGACGAUAGCUUCUUGGAGAACUUGCUGAAUGAAAGAAUUGAUCAUCUUGGAUCAUCUGACGAUGUUGAAUUAUUAGAAGAGCAGCUCCGUUUCAUGGGUUCUUGUAACCUCAAAUAAGUCAAGUCCCCUCCUACAAAACAACAUUCUCUAUUUUCGCCAAGGAACCUUAAUACUAUGUCUUUCUCACUAAUGUCCAUCUAACGCAGUUUAAUUUUAAAGCUUUUGUGACAAAGAUUAUAUUUUGCUGAAGUUUGUCGUUAUGAAGAUUAUUACAUUCCAAGGUUUUCCUUUUUAGCU